AUGGCAAGCGGUUGGAGUCUCAUCAUCGGCCUGAUCAUCGUUGUGGCUGCAUCGCUGGCAGCCUGGUUCCUCAGCCCCAAGGGCGAUAACCAGACACUUUGGCGGAACACCCUCAUCCUUUCAUUUAUUUCUUGUUAUUUGAUGUGGGCCAUUGUCUUCCUCGCACAGUGGCAUCCGCUCAUUACGCCCAAGAGAUCCGAUAUGCGGCCUGACCGAGUACCGGAGUAA